AUGACAAAUUAUCAGUCCACUACUCAAGUCCAUGGUUGGUUAAUGGACGUCCCUGGCUAUCGGGAAAAUUAUCAAGAUCAAAGAGAAAUCAUGAUUCAUAAUGAUUCAGAGCAAUUUGUUAACACAUCUAGAAAGGAAAGACCUUCAUCACUAGCGUCCAUCAGCUCUGAAGACAGUAUCAAUUUGGAGGAAUUAAUCAAUGCCAACUUUACAACGGACAUGGAUGAUGAAACCGACUUGUCGGCAUUAGCAUCAUUAGAAUUGGAUGAUUCCAAUGAAGAUUUCUGGAAGGUGGAUAAUGUAUUCAAUCAUUAUAUCACAACUCAAUUGACUACGACAGACAAAUCGAGAUUGAAGAUCACCAACAGUAGUAGAUCAAAGUAUGAAAGUGAAGAGGAGUUUGACUCUAAAAAUACAAGCGCAGAAGAUCUACAUGACAUUUCUCUUUAUGACAAAACAACCGAGCAUAGCUUUCUGGAUACAUUGGAUUUAAAUUCUCCUGCAGAUUUCGAUAAUUUCUCAAACAUGCAUUUAUCAUCUCCUCAUCAACAAAGAUCAGAUAGAUCAGGAAGUUUUAGCAGCGACAAUAGCUCCAACUCACAGUCAACAAUAACGACUGCAAACCGCAAUGCUCUACGCCAAAAUGUGUUUCCCAGCGCAUCCACUUCGACAUCAUCCAUGAGCAGCCAUUCCACCGCAAAAACAAGCCAUUCAUUCUUCUUAUCCAGGCCGCCUAUUACAAAAUCUGAAUCCAGCAAAACCAGCAAUCGUUUGACUUGCUCCAGAAAACCAUUAUUGGUCUCCAGCAUAUCAGAAAACACAGUUGUAGAAGCAAAGCCAACACUAUCAUCCACUACUCGCCUCCCUGCUCGAUCAGUAUCACAAAUUGGAUUAGCUAGGCGUGCUACACAUAUUCCAGCGCCCUCGUCUUCCAAGGCAACUUUAUCGCCAAUAGUGUCGACAAAGCUAUCUCCUACUCCACAGCGUACAAAAUCGACAGCAUCCAUUGCUCGUAAGCCAAGCAAUACCAACUUAAACAGAUCUACAAGUCGUAUAGGACAACCCAGUACAAGAGCAAGUCAUAUCCCCUCACCUCCUACCACAAAAAGGAGUACGACAUCACUUGGUAUCUCUUCUAUUUUCUCUUCGUCUGCCUCUUCAACACAGCAGCAAGAAAAGUACCCUCCGCAGACUCCUAACAAAAAUUAUUCAAGACCUAAAACCUCAAUGGGAACACUGAAGCCAUCAUCAUCGCCUUCGAAUGUGCAGUCUGGGUUACGUACACCGUCUUUCAUGGGAGCCCCUAGCUCGUCUAGAUCAAGUAGUUUAAGAAUGCCCAGUUCACGAAGCUUGUAUAAAUAA